CUUCAUAAUAUUUAAUUAUUUCAACAAUUCAAAUGGCUGACAGAGAUUGUUGUAAUCAUCAUUGCAAUGCUACCAGUGCAAAUAAAUCAGUUUGUCAAACUUUAUCUGAAAUGGAUUGGGAAAGAGGCAUAUGGAAUGCAGCAUUUUCUGGAGAUAAAGAUAAAGUUCUUUAUUUGAUUGAUCGAGCUAAAAAUGUUUCUGAAGUUGUUAAUGCCCAAGACAAUGCAGGCUAUACGGCUUUGCACUAUGCAGCUAGAAAUGGUCAUGAUGACAUUUGCAAACUGUUAAUAGCAAAGGGUGCACAGAUUGAUAUUCAAACGAAGAGUGGAAAAGCAACACCUUUACACAGAGCUGCUGCAGCAGGAAAAUUGUCUACAGUGAAACUUCUCAUUGAAUCUGGAGCUAAAGUGGAUUUGCAAGAUGAUGAUGGCAAAAAUUCUCUUCAUAAAGCUACAGAAUAUAAACAUUUUCAUUUGGUAGAUAUUUUACUUAACACAUGUCCAGAUUUACAGAAUGUUAAGGAUAAAAGAGGUUUAAAGCCCUUAUAGAAAAAGACAGGACGUUAUUUUUAUAUGAUUAAAAUUAUAUUAUCACUCUAGUAUGUAGCUUAUAUUAUUUUUUAUUUGAAAGAUUUAUUUAAAUUAUUUAUCGACCAUAGUGUUAUAUUAUAUAGUCAGCAACAGAAGUUGUAUUUUGUUAUUAUCUACUGCUUUUGAAAGAAAAUAUGCAAUUCCUCAGUUAAAAUGUCUGAAAUAAUGGCAUUUAAAAGAUACUCUUGUUGACUAUACCCACACACUACUAAGAACCAAUGAUAGUGUAAUUUAAAAGGUGUAGAUAGGUUAUUAACAUUCCGGAAGUAGCAAAUUAAAAUUUGUCUAAUUGGCCACAAUUUACUUGAGUCUUUUUCUCUCACAACUGUUGAAUGAUACCAUCUUAGUUUGACGUCUACAUGUGUUUGUCAGUGUGCCAAUGCCAAUGUUGUGUUGUAACCUAUCUAUACUUCUACUUUAAUAUUAUAUUAGAUUUUAUAGAUUCAUACUUUCCUUUCCAAAACUGCAAUUGAAUUAUUUUGUUUCUAUAAUCACAAAACACAUACCAUAUCUUUAACUGUUAAUCUAGGCCUAAACUUUUAUAAGCCUUACCUAUGUGUUGUAUCCUUUUUAUAACUAAGAAAGGGGCUUGUUGAUGUGAAAGUAAUUCAAGGAUAAAGCAAGUUUUCGAAUGAUAAGUCCUUAAAUUUUCUUCUUUAGUCUGAAUCGAAAAAUAUUUAGAGUAUUUUUUUUUUGUAAUAAAAUUAAUGUAUUACACAAUCGUCAGCUUGACUAGUUUAUUAGAUGUUGUAUAAUUACAUAUCACAAUCAUGUUAAUUACACUAUUUUUCAUCAAUAUAUUUAAAAUAUUAAUAAUAUUACUCUUUAAUUACUUAUUGUAUACAUACUAAAAUUAUCAUUAAAUUUAAAUAAAUUACUAAUUGAUAACAUGCUCUUUUGAAUAACAACAAUAUAUGCAAGCCUUUUUAUAUUAUAUAUUGUUGGUAUGAAUUGGCGUUUGAAGCAAUUAUCAAACAUACCUAAAUCAUCUUUUAAUCAAUAUGAUCACAUAAUUAGGUAAUGCAUAACGAUCACAUAAUAUUACCAAAAAAAAAAGUAAAUGUCACUAGUUUUACAUAAGAAUAUUUAUGUAUUAUAUGGAGCAUUUAUUUAUAAAUAAAUAAUUUAAUGUCUUUUAAUUUAUGUCGAUAAGAAUAAAGUGUUAUACCUUACCAAUGUAAGUUUAUUCACAAUUUAGAAGAUUUCUGUCAAGAAUUAUUUAAUACCUAUAAUAGCCAUUGAGCCAUAAAAAACUCUAAGAUCCACUAUGCAUUAUGUAAGUACUAAUGUAUUACAUUGUAAGGUUUCAGAAAUAUAGUUUUUUGGAGGUUGCUUUAGAUUUAUUAAAAAGUAGUCCUACAUUCAUAUUACAAUAUUUAUUGUAACAAUUAUAAACUGUAACUAUUGUAACCAAUAUGAUAUUAUUGAAACAGCGUAAAGAAUAAAUAAGACAAUAUACCUGUCUAUUAAUAUUGAAUGAAGUAAUAAAUUCUAUUAGAUACCUAUUAGUUAGCAUUUGUUGGAAAGCAUGAUUCUUCUAAUGCAUUUUGGAGACAAUUAUUACAACAUCGUUUUUGAUUUAUUAUUUUAGACAGAUUAACCUCCAUAAAUUGGUACUGUAUAUCUGAAAUGUAACACCACAUCCAAUUUUUUAAAGAAAUUGUAAACACGCCAAGAAUCCAUAUUUCUAUUUUACUAAUUAUGUACCCCACUAGUGUUUCAAUAAAUAAUUGUUGUAUGUAAA